AUGGCAUUUGCAGACGAUCUGGUCUUAUUGAGCGAUUCCUGGGAAAACAUGAAGCAGAACAUCAAGAUAUUAGAGACCUUCUGCAAUCUCCCCGGUCUCAAAACACAAGGGGAAGAGUGCCACGGCUUUUCCAUCAAGCAAACAAAGGACUCUUCUAGCAUCAACAACUGCACUGCUUGGACCAUCACCGGCACAGUCCUGAACAUGACCGGCCCCGGUGACUCUGAAAAAGAUCUGGGCCUGCAGAUUGACCCUUGGAUUGGUCCUCACGGGACAGCAAUGUGUCUCAGCACCAACCCCGGCAGCGGGCAGCAAACAGCAAAGGCAGGCAGGUCCGAUCAGGCAGCACUGGACCUCAGCGUCACUCACCGGCAGCUGGCAGAAGUGGUGAAGGCAGCAGAUCUGAUUGAGCAGCAGUUGGUGUUGGCAGCCAGGAGAAGCAACAAUGAGCUGAGGAUGGAGACCAGGAAGGGCAAAUUCCCCCGACAGAGUCUUGUGGAAGAGGUCGUUUUGAGUGGCUCCACGUCACAGGAAUGCAACGGGAAGAGGUUCAGCAGGAGCUUGGCCCUGAUUCACCACCAGAGGAUCCACACCGGGGAGAAGCCCUACGAGUGUCCCGAGUGUGGCAAGAGGUGUCGGGACAGCUCCAAACUCCUCCUGCAUCAGCGGAUUCACACAGACGAGAGGCCCUUCCGCUGCCCCGACUGUGGGAAGGGCUUCUGCCGCAACUCUAGCCUCGUCCCCCAUCAGCGCAUCCACACUGGGGAGAGGCCCUACAAGUGUCCUGAGUGUGGGAAGAGCUUCACUCGGAAGUCCCCUUUCUUGGUCCAUGAGCAGCUUCAUGAUACGGAGAAGCCCUAUGAGUGUGGUGAAUGUGGGAAGAGCUUCCGCUGGAGGUCCCACCUGAUCCGCCACGAGAGGAUCCAUACCGGGGAACGGCCCUACAAGUGCUUGGAAUGUGGGAAGGACUUCAAUGUCAGCUCCAGCCUGAUCCGCCACCAGAUGACCCACACAGGGGAACGGCCCUACAAGUGUGGGGAAUGUGGGAAGAGGUUCAGCAGGAGCUUGGCCCUGAUUCACCACCAGAGGAUCCACACCGGGGAGAAGCCCUACGAGUGUCCCGAGUGUGGCAAGAGGUGUCGGGACAGCUCCAAACUCCUCCUGCAUCAGCGGAUUCACACAGACGAGAGGCCCUUCCGCUGCCCCGACUGUGGGAAGGGCUUCUGCCGCAACUCUAGCCUCGUCCCCCAUCAGCGCAUCCACACUGGGGAGAGGCCCUACAAGUGUCCUGAGUGUGGGAAGAGCUUCAGCCAGAGCUCAGACCUAGUGGUCCAUGAGCAGCUUCACGACAGGGAGAAGCCCUAUGAGUGUGGUGAAUGUGGGAAGAGCUUCCGCUGGAGGUCCCACCUGAUCCGCCACGAGAGGAUCCAUACCGGGGAACGGCCCUACAAGUGCUUGGAAUGUGGGAAGGACUUCAAUGUCAGCUCCAGCCUGAUCCGCCACCAGAUGACCCACACAGGGGAACGGCCCUACAAGUGUGGGGAAUGUGGGAAGAGGUUCAGCAGGAGCUUGGCCCUGAUUCACCACCAGAGGAUCCACACCGGGGAGAAGCCCUACGAGUGUCCCGAGUGUGGCAAGAGGUGUCGGGACAGCUCCAAACUCCUCCUGCAUCAGCGGAUUCACACAGACGAGAGGCCCUUCCGCUGCCCCGACUGUGGGAAGGGCUUCUGCCGCAACUCUAGCCUCGUCCCCCAUCAGCGCAUCCACACUGGGGAGAGGCCCUACAAGUGUCCUGAGUGUGGGAAGAGCUUCACUCGGAACCUAGUGGUCCAUGAGCAGCUUCAUGAUACGGAGAAGCCCUAUGAGUGUGGUGAAUGUGGGAAGAGCUUCCGCUGGAGGUCCCACCUGAUCCGCCACGAGAGGAUCCAUACCGGGGAACGGCCCUACAAGUGCUUGGAAUGUGGGAAGGACUUCAAUGUCAGCUCCAGCCUGAUCCGCCACCAGAUGACCCACACAGGGGAACGGCCCUACAAGUGUGGGGAGUGUGGGAAGAGGUUCAGCAGGAGCUUGGCCCUGAUUCACCACCAGAGGAUCCACACCGGGGAGAAGCCCUACGAGUGUCCCGAGUGUGGCAAGAGGUGUCGGGACAGCUCCAAACUCCUCCUGCAUCAGCGGGUUCACACAGACGAGAGGCCCUUCCGCUGCCCCGACUGUGGGAAGGGCUUCUGCCGCAACUCUAGCCUCGUCCCCCAUCAGCGCAUCCACACUGGGGAGAGGCCCUACAAGUGUCCUGAGUGUGGGAAGAGCUUCACUCGGAGUUCUUACUUGACUAAUCACCGCAUUCUUCAUGAUACGGAGAAGCCCUAUGAGUGUGGUGAAUGUGGGAAGAGCUUCCGCUGGAGGUCCCACCUGAUCCGCCACGAGAGGAUCCAUACCAGGGAACGGCCCUACAAGUGCUUGGAAUGUGGGAAGGACUUCAAUGUCAGCUCCAGCCUGAUCCGCCACCAGAUGACCCACACAGGGGAACGGCCCUACAAGUGUGGGGAAUGUGGGAAGAGGUUCAGCAGGAGCUUGGCCCUGAUUCACCACCAGAGGAUCCACACCGGGGAGAAGCCCUACGAGUGUCCCGAGUGUGGCAAGAGGUGUCGGGACAGCUCCAAACUCCUCCUGCAUCAGCGGAUUCACACAGACGAGAGGCCCUUCCGCUGCCCCGACUGUGGGAAGGGCUUCUGCCGCAACUCUAGCCUCGUCCCCCAUCAGCGCAUCCACACUGGGGAGAGGCCCUACAAGUGUCCUGAGUGUGGGAAGAGCUUCACUCGGAGUUCUUACUUGACUAAUCACCGGCAGAGCCACCGGUAA